AUGAGUUUUGAUCUUGAACAAGCUCUUAAUUUCGCUGAACAUAAACAUUGCAGAAAAAUACAACAGCGUACUGAGAAUAGCAGAAAAAAACGUCGAGUAUAUUAUGAAUCAUCACUGAUUAAUAAUGUAUCGUCUCAUGUUAGUGAUGAAUUAUCCAAUGUUGUUUCAACACUUACACUUAAUAUGAAUACAAAUCCAGAAUCAACUGAUAAAAUAGUACAUGAUUGUUUAUCGAAAGUUUUAUUUGAAAAAGAUGCUCAAGAUGAAGAUAAUAUAAUCAAUCUUGAAGAAAUACAGAGCAACACCAUGAACUGUUCUCAAGUCUGCAAAAAUUCAUUCGAUAAUUUGGAAUUAUCCAAUGAUUCAUCCACAAUUGAUGAAGUUUUAUUACAUUGCUAUACUGAUAUGUCAAGAGAAGAGUUUUGCUCGACGUUAUUAAACAUACUAAGAGAUGCUCAUAUCUCUAAAUCCCAUGCUAAUCGUCUUUUAUCUUUUAUCCGUUCUACAUUUCCGAUACCUAAUGCUGUACCAACGAGAAUAGAACAACUUUUAGAAUUCUUAGAAAUCGAUAAUUAUCUUCUGAAAAAAUAUAUGCUAUGUACAAUAUGUAACAAUAUUUUAUCUUGUUCGGAUAUUUGUUGUCUAAAAUGUUUAUGCUCUGAUCAUAAAUGUUUAGCUGUAGUUUAUGAUAUGAACGUGGAACAAUUAAUUAAAAAGAUCUAUAUUCGUUUAAAAAUGGACAUUGAUGAAUAUCGUGAACAUCUUCAGACAAUGCAUGAUAGAGAUGAAACGAAUGAUAUUGGUAUUACAAUCGAUCACAAUCAUCGUAUUGAUGUCAAAUUUUUAUCUAUUACCGGUGAUAGUCCAGCUUUACGGAAUAUUCUUAACUUUAUUGGACAUGGAGGUUAUUUCUGCUGUAAUUUCUGUUAUAUACGUGGUCAACAUAUUAAAAGAAAACGACAAUAUUUUUAUGAAAAAGAACAGGUUCUUCGUUAUAGCUCAACAUAUGAUAAAGAAUCAGCAGAAGCUGAAAAAACUAAAGAAAUUAUAUAUGGACAUAAAGGUACUUCAAUUUUACAAAAUAUACUUGAUACAAAACUUCCAGAAGCAAUAAUAAUUGAUUAUCAACAUGCCAGUUUGCUUAGACAUGCAAAAACAACCCGUCGUACAAUUUAUAAACAACUUAAUCCUUCUCAUCGUCGAUUAAUUGAUAUUAAACUGAAAAAUCAAUGUUUUCCACAUUUUUUCAAUCGACGUAUGAUACCUUUCAAGAAUUUAUCAUUUAUAAAGGCUGUUGAAUUACGUAAUAUUUUAUUGUAUGGAUUUUUACCUUUAUCAUAUGAAUUUAUGAAUCGUGAACAAUUAGCUCAUUUCACUUUAUUCAUAUGUUCUAUUCGUGUAUAUCAUUCUCAACCUCCAAUGUUUGGUCGAGAAACCGCAACAAUAGCAAAUCGAUUAUUCGAACAAUAUAAUAAAGAUCAUAAAAAAUUUUAUCAUCUUAUUCAAAACUACGUUCUUCAUUUACAUUCUCAUUAUGGCAAUCAAUAUGUUAAUUAUGGAUCGCUGGCAAAUAUUGAAUGUUUUUCUCAAGAAGAUCUUUUAGGCCAUAUUAGCUCCAAUACUCAUGGCACAAGAUACUACGAUGACCAAAUAGUUCAUUAUUAUAACAUUGACUUUUCUUUAAAUAAUCGAGUACCUCAAACAAAAUAUAAGAUAUAUUAUAAACCAAUAGAUUUAGAUACUAAUUUUAUCAUCGAUAAUUAUUCAAUAAUUAUACAAUAUCAUAAUCGAAUAUGUAAAUGUUUAAAUACUUCAAAAUAUAUAUCCAUUUAUCGUCGAUGUAUUAUUCGAAACAACACCUUUCAUUCUUUAUUAUAUAAACGACGAACAAAAUCAAAGAGCUAUUUUAUUAGCUACUAUAAAUCAACAAAUAAUAAUGAAAAAUACUUUGGAUUCAUUCAUUUGUUUUUUUAUUGCAAAGAUACAACAUAUGCUGUUAUUGAACGCUUUCAAAAUAUGCACAAAUUUAGUUCUUUAUUUAAGUCAUCAUCUUAUUUUGAUUUAUUAAAAAAACCAUUAGACAGUUGUUUCAGUAUUGUUUCCAAAGAACCAAGUGAUAUAUUUGAUAUUGUUGAAAUUGGUCAUGUUAUUAAGCAUUGCAUCGUAUUUGACAUUGAACAAUGCUUAAUUAUAACUGAAGUUUCUGCUUAUCACGAACAUGAUUAA